AUGGGGUCGUGCCGAGGCUGGUUGGCUUUGCGCGAGACUAGUAUUAGAUCAAAAGUAGAGUUAACUGUCUGGGAUAGUCCGGAUGACAUUAACCUGGCUUUCACAGCCACAUGUCAAGAUGGUUCAUCAUAUCCAGGAGUCAGGAAGUGUGGAGAUCUUCAGAUAGGAGACACGGUUUCCUUUGAGAUAUCAGUAGAGGCUCGGACAUGCCCAGCUGAGAGCAUCUCACACACCUUCACUAUCAAACCAGAUUGGUUUCGGGACACUGUAGAGGUGACCGUUUCUUACAACUGCACGUGUGGAUGUAGCAAACAGAUAGAGCACAACAGCAGUAAAUGUAGUGGAAAUGGCACCCAUGUGUGCGGAUUAUGUGACUGUAACCCAGGCCAUGUAGGAGCCAAGUGUGAAUGCGAGGAAGGAGAGAGUGGGGCCACGUACCAUAACAUGUGCCGAGAAACUGAAGGGAAACGUAUCUGCAGUGGCCGUGGGGAGUGCUCCUGUCAUCGCUGUGUGUGUUACAGAAGUGAAUUUGGCAGGAUCUAUGGGCUCUUUUGUGAGUGUGAUGACUUCUCCUGUCCAAGAUAUAAAGGCAUUCUUUGCUCAGGUAUGUGUUAGAUUGUUUCAGAGUUC